UGGUUUAGUCUAAUAAUUUGAUCUUGCUUGAACGCGAUUCACACACUCACAACUCCUGGAAAGAGACAGACACUGGUGCUAUGGUUGGACAACAAAAUACUGCUACGACAACAGUUUCUGAAACCCCGGGAAACACUUUGAUCGGUCAAAUUUGAUCUGCGGCUGGUUUUGGAAGUAUUGCUAGGAAAGUUGUUGGCAAAUUGGUAAAUAGAGGUAGCCCGGGGACCCUUCAGCAUGUUUGGGGGGUACGAGGCAAGGGAGGACUACGAGGAUGAACUGUACCAGGACAGGGAGGACUCCAGUGCCUCAGAGGUGGAUAGUGAGCUGGAGUUCAAGCUCUACAGCCAGCUGCAUUAUGCCUCCUGCCAUGACAACAUCGAGGUAGAGGAGGAGGUGGAGAAUGAGGAGCAGGAUGAAGGCCAGCCUUGGCUGGAGGUGAGGGCACAGCCGCUGGAGGGGGUCAUCGUUAUCAACUCGGACCCUGAGAUCAUCACCGUGUCAGACAAUACGGAAGACGAGGAGGGGAUCUGUGUCUCCAAGGGCAGUACGCUGCAGCGCCUCCCUCGCACCAGCAGGGGGCGGCCUCACGUGCACACCUCCUCUCCGCCAGCAGUGCUGAACGACUUCUCGGCGGACUCUGACUCAAAUUCUGACUCAGAUGGGCUGGAGUCCUGGAUGGUACUCGGGCAGGGGAAGCAUGACUCUGACAAGACCAUCCAGCUCAACUUGGAGGGUGGGGCAAUCGUCAGCUCUGCAGAUGACGACGACGGUCAGAGUUGGGCCAUAUCCCGCAGAGACCUGGAGGCUGGUAUCGAUAACAAAAGAAAGGGUCCGCGGCGCAUGUCUAAUCGCUAUUACACCGGCAAGAGCAUAACCUGCCGAAGCUGCAACAAGAUGGGCCACCUCUCCAAGAAUUGCCCCAAUCCCAAGAAACCGCCUGCCUGCACGCUGUGUGGCAGCCUGAGUCAUCUGCAGAGGACAUGUUCCAGUAGGCCCUGCACCAACUGCAACCUGCCGGGGCAUUGCUAUGACGACUGUCUGGAGCGAGCGUUCUGGCACAAGCACUGCCACCGCUGCGGCAUGACUGGCCACUUCUACGAUGCAUGCCCAGACAUUUGGCGACAGUAUCACCUCACAACUCAGAAGGGUCCAAUCACCAAGCUGGAAGUAGAGGAUGCUUACAGAACCCCCGCCUACUGCUACAACUGCUCACAGAAAGGACACUUUGGAUUUGAAUGCAGCCAGCGCAGGAUGUUCAACGGCACGUUCCCCACCGCUCCCUACAUCUCGUACUACGACACACCCCAGGACCUCCGGCAGAGAGACAACCGGGCCCGCCGAAAAGCUGAGGAACUGCAGAAAGCUGGUCUCCUGCAGCCAUCCGGUCCGGAACAAAGAACAUGGCAACCAGGCGGUGACAGAGAGGAGGGGCCGCUGAGGAAGAGGAUGAAAGUAAAAAACACUGCCCAGGAGAAAAAGAGAAAAGACGCACCAUCUGCCAAAGCCAAGAAGGUGAAGAAGAGGCAGCAACAGAAGCUUCAGCAGGAGAAGCAGCAGGUGCAGCCGCACAAACCGCAGCAGCACAAACCGCAGAAGCAACGGCGACCGAAACAGAGGCAGCAACAGCAGAUGCAGCAGCAGCAGCCAGAACUGGUGCCGCAGCAACAGCAGAAAAAGAAAAGGUGGCAGCGGAAGAAGCAGAUGCCGACGGAGAAACAUAAAGAACAGCAGAGCGCCAGAGCGGAGAAGCAGCCCCACAGUGAGCCCAGGGCAGCCCAAAACGGCAGGGUGACCCGCCUAGCCGACGAGGAAGACUUUCCACGGGGUCACAAAAGGAGGCCCUCGGGGGGCCCCGCGCCCCCGCAGAAGGUCAGGCACAUCGCAGGCCUCUUUGGGCCAGGGAAGAACCACAGGAAGCGCCGGCCCCGGGGCAGGGACCGCAAACCUGCCGACCGCAAACUGGAGAACAUGUACCCCACCGACGAGAACCUCUUCACCAUAAAGCAGAGGCGCAAACGGUAGCACCGGGGGAUCGACGGAGUGUGGCCACACAAUUCUGUCCUCACUGUGUGCUGCCAGCUCCCCGUACAGCGCCCUCUACUGGACACACUGGACAGCACUUUGGCCAGCCCCGUCCAGCUUUAAACCACGGCACUGUUGGAUCCACACCAUUUUAUACACACAAACGGAGCGAGUUCCACUAAUGAAUGAACACUGGCCUUAUAGAAUAAUAAUGAUUAUGAUUGAUGAUUGGAGCGUUAAAGUUUUUAUAAUGGCAUAUUUAAAAAGGUAUUGUAAUUACAGUUAUGCCAGUUGUGAUUCUUGUGAAGUAUUAUUAUUUAUAUGCUCGGCCUCCAUCUUUUAACGCACUGUCACAGAAACGGGAUCUUUUCCACAAGAGGGUGAUGUUUCUGAUGAGAAUGACUCAUCUGCUCUUGAGCCUGCAUCAGGACCGUUCAGCUCUCGUCUCUGAGGGCCGUAGCCAGUCUCCCUGCUCCAACAGCCCUGUCACCAUGCUGGGUGAUGGGGUCGUGUGGUCAGUAACAGUUCACAGUAAUGUAGUCAUAAAGUGCCUGCAGCAAUAGUGGGUCUGCUGCAGAUAUGUCAAAUUUGGUCCUCACGGAAAGUAGUGUAUCAGGGUUAAAUCAGCCUCUGAUUAGGGGGGAGGAAUGAAAGUACAUUAAUAUUGACACGCCCAACCAAUGGACUGAUUUUCUUUUCAGACUCUGAGCCUGAUAAGUUCAGCAAAAAUGUACACCGUCUUCAGUGAAGUCAACUUGGCUGAAUAAAUCGGAUUUUUAUAGGAUUCUGCACAGA